AUGGCCGAUGAUCUAGCUGGAGAAGUAGAUCAGAUCAAAGAAUUACUAUCGGGGAAAGUAAUCGACGAUUUCAAAGUUUUAAAAGCCAUCGCCUCCGGUUAGAUAUCUACUCGUUACUAUGUCUAUUGUUUAGGAGGAUACGGAGCAACAUUUGCAGUGCAGCAUGUCAAGUCCAAAACUCCCGCCUGCCUAAAAGUAAUGGUCAUCCUGCAUCGAAGAAAUCAAUCUUUAGGUGGCAUUAAACUCCAACAGAAUUCUAAGUCUCGAAACCUCCGUCAUGAAAUUGUUUAUCGACAAACAACCGCAGGAACGCUCUCGCCAUCUCUGCCGGAUCUAUACCAAUGGCACUAUCAACCUUGUAGUAGAUGGAAUUAUCAAAGAAGUCUACUAUGUGGUCAUGGAGUUUCUGCCGGGGAAUCUUGUUAGCUUUAUCUCUCAAUAUAAGGGAUACGAUUAUCUGAUAUGUGGAUGUGAGUUGGCUCUUCAGAUGUUAAAUGUAAGCGGUAUACUGUAAUGCAGUGCUAUAUCUGCAUUAAGGGUCUCUAUAAUAUGCAUUGUUUGGGCAUCUUACAUCGAGAUAUCAAGGCAGAGAACGUAGGCUUCAGAAAUGGAAAGACAGCUGUUCUUUUGGACUUUGGGUUGGCCAGAAUAAUAACCGAUGUUGAUGGAAAUAUCAGAUCAACAAGAUCCCGAGUAUGUGUUAGAGGAACAAACGAAUGGGCUAGUGGAAAUUGCGAAAGAGGAAUGGAACAGGUAAAGCUACAAUGGAUGACAAAGAAGUAAAUAAAGCCGACUUAACAUUCAAGCGACUGAGCCAAAGCAGGCCGCCAGUAGCAUGGAUUGCGGAAAAAAGGCCCGCCAGUCAAAAAGGUCCGCAAAAAAAGAUUCUUCUAACGAAGCUGAUGUCAGUAAGACCUAGAGGGGUGCAGGGUAAUCGACCGCGAUGACUUAGAAAAUACAAUUCAUUUUUUCUAAUUUUUGCUUGUUUGUCUUAACAAGUAAAUAGUACUGUAAAUUAUAUAUAGCAAUUAGAAAUUACUACUUUACAGUACUGCUUAUGAAAAAAAGUAAAAAUCAGAAAAAAUAUAUUAGAUUUUUGAAAUCUAUGCCAUCGUUUGCCCUACAGGUCUCACAACCUACACUAUCUUAUAUUUAUAUUUGUUAAGUCUUUCCCGAGUCCAUGCCGUUACAGUAUCCCCAUUACCGCAGGAAAUUAAGCCCUAAUAUUAUCCGAAACGGAAUUCCAUACUACCUGCGCCUUAUCUUGACACAAACAGUCCCUUGAAUGUUAAGGGCCGAGUUGAUGAUUUGAUGGGAUGGAUGUACACCUUGACCGAGUUAUUCUACCACAACGAUGACUUGAAUUGCUUACCUUGGGCUGAAUACGAGAAGAAUGAACGUCUCAGACACUUGAUGAAGUCCCCUCAUCUUCCUGCUAAUCUCAUACUUAGAGAUCUCCCUAAUGAAUUCUACCAGAUAUAUGUAAGUAAUUCACAUAAUAUCUUCAACUUGAUUCCAGGCCUACUUACACACGUUAUCUCGAAUGGAUCAACCCAAUUACCAAUAUAUCAUUCUGCUGUUAUUGAGAGCCAAGAAGAAGUUUUCCAUUUUGAAGACAAGAGAUAUGAACAAAAAUCAUAAGACGGCCAAGGACAAGGAGAAGAACGAGAUUAGGACCAAAUACGACCCUCUUAUGAACAAAGUUGACGCUCUAAAAGACGUGGAACAAUACAACAACGAAAUGGAGGAAGUGUUUGAUAUUGUUUUUGGUAAUUAA